AUGCUGGCCACAAAAGAGCAGAGAAAGCCGUGGCUCCGCUCGGGAGCCGAGGGCAGCUGGGCAGAUGGGGGCAGGCUCGUCAAAUUGCCCCCCGAAACCUUGGAAACGCUCAGAAGACUGCUGCUGCUGCUUCAGAGCUUCACGGGCUACGCAGAAAACCUGCUCAGCGAGCGAGCCAUCCCCCCGGCGCGGGCAGUGGGACCCUGCAUGUCCGCGGGGCUGACGGCGAGGAGGUACUGGUGCAGCAUGCUGAAACUGGGGGCCUUCUACCAGCAGCUCCUGGCCGAGAAGAAGGCUUGCAGGAAGGAGAUCCCCACGCUGCAACCCACUUCCCAGGCUGGAAAACCUGAGAAGGAGCACCCAAAACACUGCUUGCCUGACGUUUUGGAGUUAAGAACUUCCACAGAAGUUGCCCAGUCCACUUCUCUGUGCCCGUCAUUGCGUGCCCGUGUACCAGGCGGCGGCGCCUCGGGCAGCUCCCUGCCCAGGGCUGCCUGCAGCACAGCUGAGAGCAGCCGCAGCAUCCCCACGCAGACAACUGGGUCGUCUCUGGGGCCCUGCGACACCUGCGCCAGCGCCCAGACCAGCCUCCACGAGGUCGGCAAAGCCAUCACCAGCAUCUGCCAGAGCCAGAACAUCCCCUCAGCUCUGAGCAGGUUCCAGGAGAUGGUGGAGGAGAGCACAGGGAGAAGGACCCUCUCUGCAACGGACAUGAGCUACUGGGCCUCGGAGCAGAGCAAGGACCUCUCCCGUAUCAGCAAACACCUCCAGAUGCUGCUGCAGCAGGUCAACCCUCUGAAGUCUCAGCUGGAAGAGUCAGAGAAACAGAAGGACAAGCUGCGGAAACAGGUUGGGGACUUUUCCCGGUUGCUUCAGGCAGAGAAGGAGACCCAAGCACAGCAGAAGAAGGAGGCUGAGCAGAACCUGGAAGUAAAGAACAAUGAGUAUUUAAAGGCUGUAGCCAGGCUGGAGCGGGACAAGGAUGACCUACGGAGAGGAGCUGCUCUGCUGGAAGAGCGACUCUCCACCUUAAAGGAGGAGCUGGCUGCAAAGCAGGCUGCUGUGCAGGAGCUGGAGGUGACCAAGACGACCUUGCUGGAGGAGAUGAGGACCACAAUGGUGGCCAGGAGCCGGGUGCUGGAGCUGGAGGAGAAGGUGCAGCUGCUCACCGGCCAGCGGGAGAGCCUGGGCCAGGAGCUGAGCACCACCACCACCCAGCUGGAGAAGGAGAAGGCCAAAGUGGAGAGCAUGCUGAGGCACCAGGAGUCCCUGCAGGCCAAGCAGAGGGCCCUGCUGCAGCAGCUCGACAGCCUGGACCAGGAGCGCGAGGAGCUGCAAGCCAGCCUGGGAGAGGCCGAGGAGGACAAGGCCAGGCUGGCAGAGCAGCUGGAGGAGAGCCGGGAGCGGAGCGGGCAACAGCUACAGGCGCAGCAGGAGCUGCUGGACACGCUGCGGCGGGAGAAGCUGAGCCUGGAGCAGUCUGUCUCGGCACUGCAGGCGAAUGUCUCCAAGCUGGAGGAGCAGGCGCGGGAGCUGAAGGAGCGGGAGAGGCUCCUGGUGUUCUUCCCCGAGCUCCACGUCCCCACUGAGAUGCAGUUUGAGAGCACCGGGAGCUUGACCGAGGACAUGGAGAAGCAGCUGCAGGCCAACAGCAUCCGGAUUGGCGUGCUGGAGCAGGAGAACGCGCGGCUCAGGUCUGCGCUAGCCAAAGUGAAAGCGGCUGCUGAGCAGGGCGUGCUGAAGGAGCCCAUCUUGGCCUCAAGGCAGCUGAACCGGGUGCUCCUACCUGAUGCUUUCCGAACCAGAGCGGCCAAGCCGAUGCUGGAGCGCUGCAGCGUGCUCGCAGCUGCCGGUGGCCAGACCCAGACCCGCUCCGGCACGUCCCCUGUGCCGGGCUGCAGCCAGGGGCAGCACACCAAGACCCAGCUGCGGUCUCAGCUCAGCAGCCAGCGCGCAGCGCGGGCUGACGGGCAGGAUGCAGGCUCGUCCCGCAGACCCAGCUGCGGUCUCAGCUCAGCAGCCAGCGCGGUGGAGAGGCUGACGGGCAGGAUGCAGGGCGGCCGAGCAGCCGAGGCAGCAGGGAUAGCACAGGGACGCACGGACACGCAGGCGAGGCCCGGCAGCGAGCUCCCAGCAGCCAGCGGCCAAAGCCGCUCUCAGCACAGCCUGCAUGCAAAGCCGGACCCUGCCUCUCGCUCCCGGCUGAGGGCCUGGUGCUCAGCCCCCCUGAGCCAAGAGGGAGAGGCAGAACACCCCACCUCUCCUCUCACCGCACCAGUGGCCACCGCAAAUAAACGCUCAUGGGACUAA